AUGACAGGUGUUCCGCCGCCCGGUGGCAAGGGCUCGAGUAAAUGGGCCCCAAACUUUGAGUUUCCAUUAGAGUCCGAUGAAGGAGAGGGGGAGGAGGAGGAGGAGGAGGAGGAGAAGGAAGAAGGAGAGGGUGAGGGCGAGGGAAAGGGAAAGGGAAAAGGCAAGGCCAAGUCCAAGCCCGAAGACACCAAAGAGCCGAAAAAGAAGGCGGAGACCAUUCGAGGUACACCCAUUGUUACUCAACCUGGGCCGAAUUUGGCUGAGAGAACCCAACAAGAAACCACGCAAGAAUUCUUCGACGAAAUGAAGAAGGCGGAAGAAAUGAUGAAGAAAGAUGUGACAGAGGGUAAAUACACACAAGAAGAAAUUGACGAAAUCAAAAGAUUGAUGGAAGCUAGUGUGAGUCUGAAUCUUAUUUCUGCCAAGAAGAAGAUGAAGUUGCCUUUCCAAAAGGAAGUUGUUGAAAUGACUGCGGAACAACUAAAAGCGAAGGUCGAUGAACUUCUGGAGAAAUUGAAGGAGAAGGGAAAGAAUGAUGAUUUGACGGUAGCUCAAAUUGUGGAUCUCCAAGACCAAUUAAAACGCUUAGAAGAAGAGAAGGCCGCAGUCGAAGCGCGUGAAGCGCAACAGGCAGAGCGAUACAAACAAGCCAUGGCUGAAUUAGAUGCGAUUCAAAAAGAGCGGCGACAAAUGUCAGAUCAAGCCGAUAAAGACAAGUGGGAAAAUAUCCGACUAGCGGAAGCUGAAAAAGUCGCUGAUAAAUUGCGUGAUAAAGAUGAUAAGAUCAGCUUGUUACAACAGCAAUUGAAUGCCAAACAAGAAGAACUAGAUCGUGUAGAGGCUAGAAGGAAAGAAGAAGAGAAGCCCACAGACGAAGAGGCAGAGAGAAAGAGGGAAGCAGCAGCUCGAAAGAGGGAGGAAGAGAUCAGAAAAGAGAAAGCUCAAAAAGCUGCGAAAGCACUUCAUAAUAAAGAUGAUACGAUUAGCUUGUUACAGCAACAAUUGAAUGCUAAACAAAGAGAACUAGAUCGUGCAGAGGUCGAGAAGGCCACAGACAAAGAGGCAGAGAGAAAGAGGGAGAAAGAGAUCAGAAAAGAGGAAGCUCAAAAAGCUGCGAAAGCACUUCAUGAUAAAGAUGAUACAAUCAGCUUGUUACAGCAACAAUUGAAUGCUAAACAAGAAGAAUUAAAUCAUGCAGAGGCCGAGAAAGUCGCAGACAAAGAGGCAGAGAUAAAGAGGGAGGCAGCAGCUCGACAGCAUCAGAAAGCGGCGCUUGAACAGGAUAAGAAAAUCAAGGAGCUGACCGAACUUUUGAAAACUGCACGACAACAAAGAGGCGUUGAAGAGGCUGCGCACAUUGGAGAUCAAAGGUUCAAAGAGGCGAUUAAGCGUCUAGAGCUUGAGAUUAGGGAGUACGAAAAACGCGUAAACAAAUUGAAACAUGAAAACCAAAAAUUGGAGAAGGAUGCAGUCCAAAACCUAAGGGAUACGGAAGAUUUACAAAUAAUUGCGGAAGAUGCUACCCAAAAAAACAACGUGCAUCAGAAAGAAGAAGAACAACAGAUUCUGAGAGAAAGCCACUUAAAGAGAGAUAGGGAUACUUUGAGCAGGCAACUCAUUGCGGCACAAAGGGAAAUUGAAAAUAUGGCAAAGACACUCGAAGAGAGUACUGAGGUAAUCGACCAAGCAAAUCAGAGGAUUGAGCAACUAGAAGGCAUCGAAGCAGACGUUACGGAUAUAGUGGAAGCACACGAUCUACUUUCAAAGGAUAAUCUCCAGUUACAAAAACAAGUAGAAGAACUCCAAAAACGGCUCGAAGGAGAGGGAACAGAUGCUACGGAAAUAGUGAAAGCAAACGAUCUACUUUCAAAGGAUAAUCUCCAGCUACAAAAACAGCUCGAAGGAAAGGAAGCAGAUAUUACAGAAAAAGUGAAAGCAAACGAUCUACUUUCAGAGAAUAAUCUCCGAUUACAAAAACAGGUAAAAAAACUCCAAGAAUUGCUCAAAGGAGAGGGAACAGACGUUACAGAAAUAGUGAAAGAAAACGAUCUACUUUCAGAGGAUAAUUUCCGGCUACGAAAAGAAAUGGAAGAAAUCCUCAAAGAGCCUCAAAAUGAAGUAGUAGCCAAAAUCAGAAAAAUGUGGGAUGAUGCUAGAGACACAAUGAUCGAUCUUAGACGAAACAUGGGGAAGUUGGAACAGGAACUCGUGAAGAUGCGGGAGGCGCGAGAUAAAGAUGCAAAAGAAGCUGCAACCGAGAUUGAUCGUUUGAAGGAAAUUGUCAAAGUAUCUCAACUUUCACCAUCACAGCGAGAUGAUAAUGCAAAAGAAGCUGCAGCCGAGAUUAAUCGUCUAAAGGAAAGUGUAAAAGAGCUGGAAAAAGCUAGUCAAGAGGCAUUAAGCAAUUCUAAACGACAAGCGGAGUUAUCAAGACGGGAAAUCGAACAAUUGCGGAAGGAUGUAGAACCAGCUAAUACCGAGAUUAAGCGUCUAGCGGAAAUUCUCAAAGUAUAUAGAAUGCGAGAAUUUAAGGAAAAAGAAGCUGCAACCGAGAUUAAUCGUCUAAAGGAACUUGUCAUAGCAUCUCAUUUUCAACCGUCACAGGAGGAGUUGGCUGAAUUGAACCAAAAAAUAUAUGAGCAAAACACUCAAGUCGACGAGUUGCGAGAAGAAUUAAAAACGGAACAAAUUAAAAACAAAGCCCUCUCAGAAGAACGUCAAAAAUUAGAAACGACUAUCCAGGGUCUUGAAGAUAAACUCGCAAAGGCACCGCAAGAGUUGGCUGACUUGCAACAAAAAAAUUACGAGCAAAACGUUGAGGCAAUGGGAUGGAAAUCUCAAGUCGACGAGUUGCGAGAAAAAUUAAUCAAGGAGCAAAAGAAACUCAAAGUUCUCUCCGAAGAAAACCGAGAAUCCAAAACGACUAUCCAGAAACUUGAAGAUCAACUCGUAAAGGCACUGCAAGAGGUGGAAUUUGCGAUGGAGAAAGUUGGCCCACGUGGUGAUGCCACCGAGAUUGAACAGGCGCAGGCCGCAAGAAUCACGACACUAGAACAACUAAUCAUUAAGUUACGACAGGAACUUGCCGAAAUCGACAAGAGCACAGGUGAGGAAGGUAAAAAUCUUCGCCGCGAAAAAAUCCUUGCCAGUCUCCAGAGUAUCGAGAUUAUUAUGGGUUUUAUGGUUCUCCAACGUGCCAUGCACGGUAUGACGGAUGGCGACAUGGAUCCAGCGCUAGAUGCCAUACAACAAGCUCUAGCCGACCAAAGUGCAGCUGAAGAUGCCAGCUAUGGUGGAAAAAUUGCAUUUUGGGGAGCUAUGGUAGAAUAUUAUGCGGGCAACCGAGAAAAUGCUUUCUAUGGAUUCCAAAAUGCCAUGGAUUCCCGAGAUUGGAGCGAGUCCGAAUUAGACUUGUUGAGGCAAUGGCUUAUUGAGUGUGAUCCAAUUAGCGGUUCAGAUCCUCCGAAGGGGAGAAGCGGGUAUAGAGCAGCUCUAGGGUUUGGAGCCAUUAAAUCCAAGACCUUGAGAGCUCCCCCGAAACGUCCGACGGAUCAAGAUCGUAAAGAGGCAAAGAAGGCUAAGAAAGCAGCAAAGAAAGCCGCAAAGAAAGCGAAGAAAGCGAAGAAAGCGAAGAAAGCGAAGAAAGCGAAGAAAGCGCAGAGACCAAGAAGAGCUACAGUGCCUAGGCGUCGUGGAGUACACAGACGUGAUCUGUACGUGGGUGUUUUGACGCCGCAACAAAGGCUGAUCUGGGACACAAUUGACUUCAGUAAUUUCAACUAUGAGAAGUUGACUAGCGAGCAACAAUCUCUAUUCUCAUUCCAGCCCUUCGAUGAUGAGCCUGAUAGCCCAACUGCACCACCAGGUCCACCACCCGACUAUCCACCCUACGAGUACCCACCACUACCACCUAGUCCAACCGCUUCCCACGCAUCAGACAGAUCAUCACGAACACCACAAAUAGAUAGACGACCAAGAAGACCAUUAAGCGUCGCUUCCUCUGCGCCCUCAAUUAGAGUAGGAGACGAAGUACAGGAAGACCGUCCAAUCCGUAUUGCUGAUCUCACUACCGAUGCCGCCCUGCAAAUUCAACGCCUAACUGCUCUCCUUGCUGCCAGCAGAGAACGUAUCCGUGAGCUCGAGAAUAUACAUGGCGAUAUAUUGACUGUGAGGGCCCAACUCUAUAGAAGAGAGGGACAGCUCCAAGAACUGAGACAAUAUUCACGACUCAUGAUUGCCGAGUUGACGAUUUGGAGACGAUAUGCCCGGGAGUGGCUGCCAGAACGGAGUUGGUGGUGGCGGUUAUGGAAUAGAUUUGCUUUUCCUUUGCUUUUUCUUGUAAAUUAG